UGGUUUUAAGUUGUUGACAUAAACCAAAGCACAGUGUUCUGGAACACCAUGAACAUGAAGAAGGGUUGUUCAGCCGCUAUACUUUAUCACUACCCUUGUCCUGAUGGUGUUUUUGCUGCUCUCGCCGCACAUCUUUACUUCAAAGCUACUUCCUCAUUCUCUCCUCUCUUCUUUCCUAACACUGUCUAUUCCCCUCUCAGAGUUGAAGAUCUUCCAUUGAGUGAAAUUAGUGAUCUUUAUCUUCUUGAUUUUGUUGGCCCACCUGGUUUUGUUCAGGAAAUCUCCACCAAAGUUCCAAGAGUGAUUAUUUUGGACCAUCACAAAACUGCACUUGAGAGCCUUUGUAGUGAAGAUACUUCACUUGGAGAGAAUGUGAUUAAGGUUAUUGACAUGGAUAGAAGUGGGGCUACUAUUGCUUUUGACUACUUCAAAGAAAAGCUUGUGAAUCCUGAUGUCGGCGUUGUGGUGAACCAACCUUCAGUGCUUGGUGAGUUCGAGCGUGCGAGACAACUUUUUCAGUAUAUUGAAGACGUGGACCUUUGGAGGUGGAGACUUCAGAAUAGCAAAGCUUUUACCAGUGGUUUGAAGGAUUUGAAGAUUGAAUUUGAUGCUCGGAUAAACCCUUCCCUGUUUGACCAGUUGCUUUCAUUGGACUUGGAUAAUGUUAUUAGCCAAGGCAUGGUGAGCUUGUCGCAUAAGCAAAAAUUAAUUGAUGAGUGUCUCAGCAAAUCAUAUGAAAUCGCCCUUGGAAACGGUGCAUAUGGUCACUGCCUGGCUGUUAAUGCAGAUACUACUCUUUCAGAGUUGAGGAGUGAACUAGGACAUCAGUUAGCUACUAAAAGCCAGAAAUUGAAAUUGAGGGGUAUUGGAGCUGUUGUAUAUAAUGUUCCAGAGCUGGAAAAUGACCAGAAGCUAAAAAUAAGUCUGAGGAGUGUGGAAAAUGAAGAUACAACUCCUAUCUCUCAGGAAUUUGGAGGUGGUGGACAUCGAAACGCUAGCUCUUUCAUGUUAAAGUCUGAAGAAUUUGAGCAAUGGAAGGUGUCACUCAUUGUUUCUUGACAUGAAGAUUUCAAUCAGAGUUUACACUUGCUGUUAUGUAUGUUAGUGUAAUCUUGAACCUUUACUUCAUUAAGCCAUGUGAAUGUCAUGUGAAUGUUUUGGUACCUCUCUGUGAUUGUAUUAUACAAUUUUUUUUAACUAUUCUUUGUAGGUUCUAUUUUCAAUAUAAAUUUAAUCAUAUUUCUUUUAUAGUAAA